UGAAAACGCUAGGUUUUAAUCUAAUAUAAAGUAAGUUUGCAUCAUUAAGUGGUAGUAUUUUAGUAGUCUUACAUGACACUAAAAUCAGACAUAUUUAAAAUCUAAAUUAAUACUGAAGUGUUUCAAUACUUGUUUAACAGAAUAUAAAAUACAACAACACUAAUUCAGAACUACAAUCGAUCUGUUUGAGAAAAUGAACAAGAGUAUGCGUAUAGGAAUAUUAAUACAGGGUGUUUCUGUAGUUAUCUGUAUAAUAAGUUUGCGUCUGCCGCAAUGGUAUACGGCUGAACAUGGACAUGUCGGAUUGUUUAAAAUGUGUAUUUUUGAUGUAUGUGCCGCAAUUAAAAAUGCACCGGACUGGAUUGAAGGCUCACAAGCUACAAUGAUCAUGGGAUUUCUUGCUCAGUGUUUGAGUAUCGCAGUCUGCGUGUUGUACACUUACAAUAUGGAAGACAAAAGAUAUCUUUCACGAUUUGCUUUCUUUGCAAGUUUUGCCGCAGGUAUUUUCAUCUGUAUUUGUGUCAUCAUAAUUGGGACGAAAAAAUCGCAUGCGGAGAAAAGGCUGGAAAAGUUGUUCAACAAGAUAGAUAUUGAUUACGGGGCAUCUUUUUACCUUGCAAUAGUUGCACUUCUUCUAUCUCUUGUUUCAGGAUAUUUUUUUUACAAAAUUCCUUGUCCUGAAAACAAUGUUACAUCCAACGUUGAUAGCGUACCAGUUUAAUACAUGUAUGUAGUCUACACUUCACUUAUAUCUGUGCUUUUGUUAUAUGUGUUAAAUAACAAAUUGUAUACAAUGUAUUGUCGUAUCAUAAUUUGAGCUUUAUGCUUUUUAAUCGUCUUGUCUAGUUGACACAUUGACGUUCCGCUCACAUUGUCACGAAAACGGAAACAGACGAAAGCCACCCCUCCCCCUGUUAAAAUGACUCUGCAUACGUAAGCAUAGAAUAAUAUUUCAAGAAUUUACAAAUGCGAGUUACAAAUGUGAAUUACAAUAAUGCUGUUUAUGUCUAGAAAAUGAGCAUUUGUCUGUAGUUAAAUUAUUUAAAAAAAAAAUUUAAAUAACUGGUAUGUAUAUUUUAUUGUUAUGGGAGGGUUUUUGUUCGCCAUAUUAUUCUUAUAUGGGGUCUUUUGUUCGCUCCAUCAUUUUCACAUGAAUGCUUUUAUCCGCCUAUCAUUUUCACUAAAGGGUUUUUGUCCGCCCUAUCAUUUUCACCAAAGGGUUUUUUGUCCGCCCUAUCAUUUUCACGAGAGGGCUUUUGUCCGCUCUGUCACGUUCAAGGAAGGACUUUGUCCGACCUGUCAUUUUGUACAGGAGAGCUUUAGACCUACAUUGUAAAAUAUGUGAUCCUUUAACCCAAACGUGUCAGUUCUUACAAAAAAACAAGUAAAGAUAUUUUCAAGAUCUUGUCAAAAAGUGUUUAUUUUAAAAUACAUUGGAUAUACAAUAUUAAACAGAUAUUACCAUGAUUAAGAUAUUGACACCGAUACAAUUAGUUUUACAUUUUCCCAUUUGUUGCGAUAUCCAGAAAAGAUAACUCUUCAAAAGAUAUUUCAUAUAGGUAAUUGUGUUACUUCCCUUUACUUAUUAAAAGGAAAGUAAGAUACUUGUUAUCAUCCAUAAAACAUAACAUCAUUGUCACAUUUACAUUAUCAACUAUAUUCUGUAUGAUAACAACCUGCACAUAGUAUAUUUUUAAAUGUACACAUGUACUUUUUUAAUGGAUAUACAUGUAUAAUGUAUCUCAACGUAAUUACUCUGUACUGAAUAAAUUUUUUAAACUUU